ACACACACACUUCAGUCUUCCAGCACUAGUGGCUGCAUGUGUUUGUGGGACAGACUCUACCCUCCCACGGCCGCGCGCUGAGCCAACAAGAAGGAGUUUAUUCAGCGUCCCGUCGCUGAUUUCAAUUUGUUUGUCACUAACCGCGUAUCUACUCACGUCUUAGGAAUGCCAUGGCCACUCAGAACAACCAGGAUUACUACAGGUCGGUCAGCAGCGAGUCCACCACAUACAUGAUGGUCCCGGCGAACAGCCGCGGGCGAGACUCGCCGUCAAAGUUAUGGAUCGCGAUGGUCGUGAUUGUGGUGGUCGUCCUGCAGAUCGCGUCCACCACGGGGCUCUUUGUCUACUUAAACAUGUCUUUAUCGCAGGUUAAGAGUCAGGGGGUUACAGAAGAGCUGCGGUGCCUGGGCUUGCUCAACGUUCUGGGUAAAGAUCAGGACAUUCCCGAAGACCUGGCCCAACUGUUCGGAGAGCCUUGCAUGAAGCUCGCCGAGGGUAUCAAGGCAUAUAUUUCAAAGGUUACGGACAGUAUCAUCUCUAAACAGACUUUACAUGAAGCAAGAACACAAACUCGUUCAUAUAAUACAACAGGGUCAAAGUUUAUGACCACAGUGAUGCAGCGGCCAUCAGCCCACCUGACCCUCAGCAGUGCCUCAGACAACUCCAGGCCUCAGUCAGAUCUGCACCAGCCUAAGUUAGAUCUGCACCAGUCCUGCCGUCACCCUGUGCACACCUGGGCCAACAAGAGCUUCGGUGCACACCUCUACAACAUGACUCUGGACAACGGACGCCUACGUGUGCCCCAGGACGGCCGCUACUACCUGUACUCACAGGUGUACUUCCGCUACCCUUCCCCCAGCGACAGCGACCAGUCCAGCGUGAGCCACCAGCUCGUCCAGUGCAUCUACAAGAAAACCUCCUACCUGAAGCCCAUCCAGCUGCUGAAGGGAGUGGGCACCAAAUGCUGGGCUCCGGAUGCAGAAUACGCCCUGCACUCGGUGUACCAGGGUGGCCUGUUCGAGCUCCGAGCAGGCGAUGAGGUCUUCGUGUCCGUCUCAUCUCCCACAAUGGUCUACGGCGAGGACUCUUCUAGCUACUUCGGAGCUUUCCGAUUGGAUCUGUAAGAGAGAAAAUGGAGCAGGAGUAUCAUUUUGGACCCCAAGAGAAAAGUUUCAUCAUUCAACUUUCCAUUCUUUAAGACUGAAUAUGUGAAUAUGUGAAGGAUGCACAAGACAUUUUGGUUAUUUCUUUUUAAAGACAGAGGAAUGUAUGUAUAUUUCUACAAAUCACAUCAAAGAUGUGAAUCUUGGAAACGGUAGCAAAAACAAAACAGGAGAGACAGAAAGGGAAUCUGUGCCAAUGGUGGUUUUGACGUGCGAACUCCACUUGCUUGAAGGGAAUAUUUUUCAUGCGCCGCGGAUCUUAAAUGGCUUAAAAGCAGAGAUAUGAGAAGAAAAUGAUGACAGAGGGAAUGUGGAGGAAAGAAAGAUGAGAUGGGAAAUAUGUGGCUCUACCAGCCUCAAAGGAGCAUCCUGGCAGGCUACAGAACUCAACCCAUCCUGUCGGACCUGCGGAGCAACAUGCCCUGACAAGGACCUAAAAAACAAAACAUGCACACAUAAACACAGAGGAAUUCAGACUGUUGCAUUUAUACUCACGCUCUUGCAUAUUUAUGGCUUCCACAACAUGGCGAUAAGAUUAAAACACAUACGACACAAAUCACUUUUACAGGUCUCCCUCUGCUGUCAGGCCCGGCAGGAAGAGACACGUGCUCUGGAGCUCACGCGGUCCUGGUCAUACGAAAGGUUAAACAAACACUACGCUAAACGGUUUGUUGAAACGUCGCGCCCAUAUAAUGCUUUGUCUCGAGCGACACACUUUUCUGAUAAGUGGCGCUUCAUGCUUGUACAUCCAUCUGUUUUGUGUGUAUGUGUGUGUGUGUGGUUCAACCUGUGUAUAUAUUGUAUUUAAUUGAAAAUUCAUGAGGUUUGGAAUUGAAUGUUCGAGCGUUUUGUUGUUCUCCUAAUAAAAAUCCCACAAAAAUGAGCCUCCCGCUGUAAAGGUAAACCCCAUGACGUUGUCCAAAUGAAGCGGCGCUGAGAGUCUGAUUUUCUGUGGAAAAAUGGUUUGUUUGAAGGAGGAGAGGGCGGGAGUGAUUUCUUUCCACUGUAAAUGAUCAAGUGUUGUCACAAUGGUGUUUCUGAGAGUGAGCACAAACACUCGCUUGGGUUUCAUUGUGGAGCACAAGCGUGUUUUCUUCUCGCUGGACUCUGCCCCAGUUUUUACUGAUAAAGUCAGCGAGCUGAAGGGCCGCUGCCAAGAUGUUGCUUUAAAUCACAUUAUACUGCGAGAGCGAUCGAGCCAAGCCAAGGCUCUCUGUGGCAUUUAGCUACGGGCUAGCUAUAAUGUUAGUUACAAAACUUCACUCUGUCUGACUCUCAUCUGCAAUUUGUCUGGAUUAAAAAAGCGUGGACAUUGAUUUAAUCCAGAAAGGGAGAGCGAGUUAUGCUUCAGCAGGUUAAUGCUCUUGCUGCAAGUGGUAUGAUGUGCCGCCAAGCCAAAAAUUCCCCAUACAGGGUGCUUUUUUUAUGUUUAAGGGAAUGUGAUGUCAGAUACCACUACAUGUAAAGUGCCUUUGGUCGUUAUGCACUGAUCUCAAACUAAACGCUAACUUUUAUCAUGUGUUAAGGGAGGUUCAAAGCGAUUGCCGCUGAAGUCAUGUAUGAUCUCAUUAGUGCUUAGCAUCUGACACAAACCGCAUUAUUUCACAGCCCACUGAGACAGUGUACAUCAUCAUCCUCUCAAGAAAACAACAAAAGAAGAUGCACUCUUGUGUCAUUUCAAACUUGUAGGACUGUCUUCUUUUUGUGGAACACAAAUACACUUUUAGUCUACAAUUUUUCCAAUAUUGUGUGGAAAAACGCUCUUUAAUGUAGAAAUUAAAAACUCUUGUUAUUUUUCUGGGUUAACACCAAAUGUGAAUUUAAUUAAAGCUGCAAGCAGCGAUGAAAGGGACCUCACACCCGGGCCCACCGUCCCCUAGAGGCCUUAGAAUAGGAACAAUGUACAAUAGUAAUUUAACCUAAUAUAUCACAGAACUUCCUUCUGUCAGCAGGUGGCGCUAUUACUGUGACUCAAUAUUGGCAUAUAGAUGUCUUCAGGAGAGGUAUCUCGUCAAACCUGUGAAUUUUCAGGCAGAUCAGGGAUUGUGUGGUGGAGUUAUAAGUACUUCGUCUUCCAUUGCGAAACACUGAAUUGGUCACAGACACAACCUUUGGCAAAAACUCUAAAUCUUCACAAUUUAACAUCACAAAAGCAUUUGGAUUAAACUAAUGGAAUAUGAAUUUGAUAGGAUAAAAUUUGUAGGAGGAGUUUGUUACACUGUAAGACAUGUCAUUUCCUGUUGCCAGCAGGUGGCGCUAUGACUGUAACUGGAUAUUGGGAUGUAAACGUGCUCAGGUCAGGACUUUUAUCAAACAUGUGGAUUUUGAGGCAGAUCAGACAAUGCAUGUCUGAGUUAGAAUAACUUCCUGCUUUAUGGCGAAACAUCAAAGUUUGUGAUGCUGCCACAGACGCACCCUUCAACGAAAACUCUAGAUCUGUUCAAUUUAACAUCGCCAAGGCCUUUAGAUGACAAUACCCAAUUCUGGUGUUGAUCUGAUAAAAUCCUUAGGAGUUUGUUAAAGUACAAUGCCUGGAAAUGGCAAAAACUGCACUUUGGGUUUGAGAUUUGGCUCCAAAAGAAUUUUUUGUAGGAAUUGGCAUGUUUGACGUGUGCCAAUUUUGGUGUUUGUGCGUGAAAUGUAGCUCGAGAACUACUUUGUUAAAAGUGCAUGGGUGGCGCUGUCAAGUAAUUUUGCCACAUCCACUUCCGAAACCUAUAACAAACGUAAAUUUUUCCCACUUCUGGUGCGUGUGCAAAGUUUUCAGAGUUUAUUUAGACCCUCAAACAUACUAUUCAUUCUAGAGAAGAAGAAAAAGAAACGGAGCAAUUCUAAUAGGGCCUACACACCGUAAAUAUUUGCGAGAAUAAAUAACACACAAAUAGAGGCAAAUUCUGAGACAAAAUGCAUGACGCAUUUGCAGUAAAUGUGCAAAAUUGAACUCAAUUACCUUUUUUUUUGCACAAAUAUAAAAAUUCAACUUGAGCCAAAAAAAUUCCAGCAAGAUCCAUCUGUUUUCUUUGCUUUGGUGUGAACCCAGCAUUAGUGACACUGGUGGUCAUUUAGUGAACUGCAGCCAGAAGUUUACUGAUGCUUACACUCAUGAAACAGUUACGCCCCAUUCACACGGGACUUCAGCGUUAACGCUUGAGAGAGGGUGUGUCUGAAGUUGGGGCUGACGCGAUCGUCAUAGCAGCGUUAGCCAAUGAAAUUAGUCAGCAAUCAGCGAUCUGAUUGGCUGACGCUUCCGUCGGCGCUUGAAAAGUUGUGAAUGAGGCAUUAAGUAAGCAUCAUAGUUUGACUCCAGCAGCCUUGUAGUUAAGUUUGUCGACAUUAGGCAUGGGACAAUAACCGUUUUCAAGGUUUACCACGGUUUAGAAAAGUCCGGGUUCUAAAAUUUUCUGCUAUACCGUUCCUAAGUUAUAUGUAAGAUUUUUUUUUUUUUUUACAUUUUUUAGGACAAGAUUAUCUCCAGCAGAAAAGAUAUCCAAAGAUGCCAUUUUUAAAUUGUAAAGAAAUCUGUGUAUUUGAAACUAAUGAAGACAGCAAAGUCAAAUAUUCAUUUGAAUUAUUCAGCCUGACAUGUUUACUAUAAAUGUUUCUAAAAAUCAAACAUACAGUGUUCAAUGGGAGGAAAAAGUCUUUGUUUUCUACCAAGACAUUUAAAAAAAGAACUUAUUUUAGAGCAGUAAUCACAAUACUGUCAAACCGUGAUGUUUUGUCCAAGGAUAUCAUACUGUCAGAAUCGUAUUCCCAUGCCUUGUCGACAUAUAUGUAGUACUGAGGUGCUCACUGUGAUCCAAGUUCAAUUCACGGCUUAAGGGCUUCCCCUCAAAUUUCCUGUCAAUACUCUCCACUAUCCUAUCCAUUAAAGAUUAAAAACCCCGAAACCAUAAUAUAUCUGCAAUUUUGGAUGAUGCUGAUAACAAUUUUCAAAUCUUGAUUUGAAAUCGAUUUUUCUGAGCCUCAUUAAAAAAAUAAAAUGCAAAUAAAUCAGGAGUUGAUCUAUCUGAAGAUCAACAAACAGAAAUCAUUUCAGAAUUUAGCAGCAGAAAAUGUAUUUUCUUUUAAGCUGAUAAUGUUAAAGAUAACUAUAUUUUAUUGACCAAUAACUACAGUAACUACACAGAAACUAGACGAAAAAUAAAUAAAAAUCAGAUUUAAACGACAAAAAUAUACAGACAUUUUCGUCAACGAAUAAAUACUAAACGAAAAAACUCAUUCAUUUUCAUUCGGCUUAGCUUCUUAUUUAUCAGGGGUCACCACAGCAGAAUGAACCACAAACUAUUCCGGCACAUGUUUUAUUCAGCAGAUGCCCUUCCAGCCGCAACCCAGUACUGGGAAACACCCAUACACUGUCACAUUCACAGACACACUAUGGACAAUUUAGCUCAUCCAAUUCACUUCUAGUGCAUGUCUUUGGAUUGUGGAAGAAACCGAAGCACCCGGAGAAAACUAAAUCAAAAUCUGCUGGCAAAUUAGCACUGCAUAGUUGACCACUGCAGCUUGCACUAAUCUCUCGCAUCACACACUGACAUUACAGCACAGAAUAGCUCUUUCAGCAUUAUCCUAUACAUUAUACACACUCAUUUCAUGUGUCAAAACAAAAGAGAGGUUCUUGAAAACCCAUAAACGUCAAGUCUUUCAGAUUUCCCCAACAAUAACGUCCCAAUCCUUCCUAUAAAACUCGUGAAGAGUCUUUAAAGGUCUUGUUUUUCAAAUUCUCCACAAGCUAUUCACACACUGCCAAUAAAUGAGCGAUUAGCACAUGAAAAUAUUAACACACAGCCUUUCACUUUUGCAUUCCACAGAAAAAAAAAAAGUCCUACAAGUCUGAAACAACUUUUCCCAAAGGAGUCUGCAUAAUCCCAGCAAUUCACACUAACUGAGCUCAUUAUCCCAGUCAAUCUGUUUCGCCCCGUCUAGGGUCUUGUGUGAGAUGCGCACAUGUGUAUACAAGUUGAAAUAUGUACCAAUCUGCACGGCACAGAGGUCGUGGUGGGGUGAGGGGUGGACAAGAAGGAGAAAUAUGGUGGAAUUCCAGCGGAUCCAGACGUAUUACAGCAGGACUUGCCCUCUGAACCACAAUGUGAACAUGGGAGACCACUGUUUGUUAGGUGCGCGUAUACAAGAGUGGGUGUUUUUUUUAAUUAAGACUGCUUUGUAAAACAGUGGAUGUGAUGGUUUGCGUGUACUUUUUUAAUCCAUGCGGAGACUUUACGGGACUGCUGUGAAAACUGGAGGGAGGCAGAACACGGUGAAAUACAGUGAGCAACAUGAACUGUCAGAAGAAACAAAAAGACUAUUGUGUUUCCUUCUCCAGAGAGAGGUUUUUUUUUCUUUUUCCAAGGGUUUGUUAAAUUGUCAGACCACCAAUCUAGGGGGCUUUUUUCCAUUUACAGAAAGAUAUUAUGCACUGUUUACCAAUGUUACUUCUGCAUCUUUGGUAAGAAUGUACUGAUAUCUGUCACGCUCUCUCUCUUUAUGGUAUAAUUUUACACAGUGUCUGAUCCGUGUCUGAGGUGUCAUUUUCAACAAUUAAAGUGCCUUUUUUGAACAAUGA